AUCAUGGCGUAUAUUGAAAGUUGGAAAAAGCUGACACUUUUAAACAAAUGCCUUUUCGUUUUAACAUUUGUAGCAACAUUAUCGCUUGUUCUUGGAAUUGGCACACCUUUCUGGCUGACUGUCAGUAUACCUGAUGAUUUUGCCGCUAAGGUUUAUAUCAAACCAAGCAAAUUACUAGUCGAUUUGCUUGAAACAAACCAUUACAUUGGGCUAUGGCAAUGGUGCUUCGGUGGCAAUGGUUGUAUUGACUUAGGAUUAAUUGCUAAGUUUGGAUCCGAGAAAGAAUACGAUUAUCAAUGGGAGAAAGAUUGGUACGAAAAAGCCAAGAAGAUUAUUGGUUACUGGAUAGCAACACGAGUGUUUGCAGCUAUUGGAUUUAUAAGUGGUGUUUUGGUGACAAUUAUGCUGCUCUGGUUUAUAUUUAGAGGAACAGGAAACAACCAUUGUCAAGGUCGAACUGUAAUUGGAUGCUUUGUAACUGGAGGUUUUCUUGUGAUAUCUGUGGCUGUGUUUGGUUCUGGAAUCUACAAUAAUUCAGACAUGUUCCUCUUACACCGUCUGGAUAUCAUUCAUCAUCUGAGCUUUUCUUUUGGGAUGACGUGUAUUGCAGCCAUAUUGUACACAAUCAUUGGAACUGUUCUAAUAUUAAUGUCAUGUACGGGAGGUUCUGAACGAAGAGGAAGACACAGACGAGCAGCAACGAAUGGAGAUACACUUGGAAAGUUUUAAUAAAUGAAGAAAUGAAUAAACAGGUUAUCCACAAUUCAAGACUAUUUAGCAGAUUGUUAAACCGAUCAAUUUUUUUAGAGGAGACAGAACUAUUACAAUGUUACAGGACCUCAUUUCUUUGAUACACAAAUCCCCGUUAUCUAUAAUUUCAAAGUCUUGCUUACAUAAAUGUAAAUAGUGCAUACCAACAUGUUUUUAAUUUUAUGUUCUUAAUUAAAUUGAAACAUUCAAUCUAAUUUAAAUCAAAUUUUGACCUUAUAUAGGAUUCUUGUCAAAAUUAGUGUAAUAUUACAAAUGAUGAGGGUUACCUUAUAAACAUAAGUUAAAGGGUCGUCCUUAGAUAGUAAAUAUUGUAAAAACUAGCGGAACACUAUUACCAAUGUUAAUUCAACUGAUCGGGCGGAGCUUACGUUUUAAUUUGCAUAAGGACAGUCUAUUUCAAGAUGUGUGUGAUAAGGAUGAUUACCGUUAUAAUUAUAACUGAUUUCUAAUCACCUAUCAGUGUCAUCAAAGGAAUUUACAAAACAAUGACUGGACACUUCAUUGGUGAGUUUAUCCUAAAACACCCAUAUAUUGAUGGACUGGUUUAUUGUGA